CCCGCAGCCCCGCGCGCCCCGCACAGCAUGGGGAGGCGCUGCUGGCGGCGGCGCGCUCUGGCGGCCGCGUGUCUGGGUGCCGCGCUCUUACUUCUGGGCGCCGCGCCCCGCGCCCUGCGCCCGGGGAGAGUCCCAAGGAUGUGUCUCAUUGGCCUGAAUUGGAUCCCGUGGUGUCCACCUCUGAGGGACAGUUGCUGUGGCAGAAAGGGAUGGAAUGCUCCGAUUGGCUAGGCCUGGUCACCUGCCUAUCCCAGCAGCUACUGGAGGAGGGAGCCUAUCAGAACCACGUGGACGGAGUCAUUUGAAAACAGCCUGGGCUCUGGCUGGCUCAGUGGGAAGAGGAGGAGUCCCCUGCAGAUGCUGUAUGACGUGGACCAGGGCCCGCACUCGGCCAUGGCCGAGGUGCACCGGCAGCGGCGCGACCUGCUGCGGCGCGCCUGCAGCCGCCACACACGGCGGCAGCGCCUGCUGGGUCCCGAGGACCUGCGGCACGUGCUGGUGGACGACGCGCACGGCCUGCUCUACUGCUACGUGCCUAAGGUGGCCUGCACCAACUGGAAGCGCGUGCUGCUGGCGCUGAGCGGCCGCGGCCGCGGCGACCCGCGCGCCAUCCCCGCGCACGAGGCGCACGCGCCGGGCCGCCUGCCCUCGCUGGCCGACUUCAGCCCGGCCGAGAUCAACCGGCGCCUGCGCGCCUACCUGGCCUUCCUCUUCGUGCGCGAGCCCUUCGAGCGCCUGGCGUCGGCCUACCGCAACAAGCUGGCGCGGCCCUACAGCGCCGCCUUCCAGCGGCGCUACGGCACGCGCAUCGUGCGGCGCCUGCGGCCGCGCGCGCACCCGGACGCGCUGGCCCGCGGCCACGACGUGCGCUUCGCCGAGUUCCUGGCCUACCUGCUGGACCCGCGCACGCGCCGCGAGGAGCCCUUCAACGAGCACUGGGAGCGCGCGCACGCGCUCUGCCACCCGUGCCGCCUGCGCUACGACGUGGUGGGCAAGUUCGAGACGCUGGCGGAGGACGCGGCCUUCGUGCUCGACCUGGUGGGCGCGCCGGACCUGCGCUUCCCCGCGCCGCCGCCCCGGGCCAAGGCGGCCGCCGCGCGCGACCUCGCCGAGCGCCUCUUCCGGGACAUCAGCCCCUUCUACCAGCGGCGUCUCUAUGACCUCUACAGGAUGGAUUUCCUGCUCUUCAACUACUCUGCUCCCUCCUACCUGCGGCUGCACUAGGCCGCGGAGUCCCGGCGGCGGAGCCUGGCAUGUGGAUGCCCCGGGGUCUCGGGUGGACUGGAGAGUGUGCAUUUCUGGUAGUCCCCCACCCCCACCGUCCCCUGCACCUCCAUGUUGGUGCCACCCGCCCGGGACUCCACUCUAAACACCACUGCCCCCGCGAUUCCCUGCUUGGCCAGCACGCCUGGCCAGGUUUAGGUGCAGUCCACCUUGUGUGACUGCCUGUCACUUGACGCUUGCUUCCUCUGCUCCAGCUGAACGGCCUUUCUCCAGACCCCUGGAUGGGAGAGCGCUGAAUAACUAGUCUGUUUUCGUUUGAGGCCAUUUUGGGGGGUCGGCUUUGCCCCCAAACCUGUCUGUGGUGCAACAGAGCAGAAAUGAUGGUUCGGUGUGACCUCUUCACCUCACCUGCUUUGGUGGUCACAUCCCUGUCCCUCGUUGGGCUCAGGCUAGAGCCAUCCGUGCCAGUGGGCAUGGCUCUGGAGCCCAUCCUGAGUUGCCUUCCACUCUGCCUGUCACAGAGCAGCACUGUGUCAGGCCCCACCUUUGACCUCAGUCUGGCCAGAUCCCAAGUCUUCCGUGUGUGCUCACAGAGCUCAGAAUGGUGCCCGGUUUUAUAGGACCUUGGUGAGCUGGGGAGCUCAUGUUUUUGAAAUAAACGUUUUGUUAUUUUCUGA